AUGUCAACCCUUUUUGGAGCACACAAGCACGAGCUCAUCCUGGUGAAAGUGGGGUGGUGCCUGAAGGGAUGCCGCAAGGGGAAGUCAGAAGGUCGCCAAACUAUGUUGAUGUGGAGGCCAUCAGGGAGAAGGUCCUCAGGGAGGCCGAAUCUCUUUGCGAAGGAGAUCAAGAAGGCCACUGGUGGAGCAGAGUCAUCAUCCUUCGAGUCGGUUCCAAGUGCUGACCGAGAGCCUGGGCGGUCAACGGUCGGGGUGAUGGGACCGGGCGGAGGAGGCAAUGGGGGCGAAUCGACUCGUGGCGAUGGUCGAGGGUCUCAAUCACAUGGUCUUGAGCGUCCACCAGGGUUGCUGAAAGAGGGUGUGUGUGAGGGUCCGUUGAACAGGUUUGAACCGCCUCAGGGGACCGUGAAUGAAGUGUUUAGAAGCUUGGAGUUACCACCUCUACCAUCUCCUGGCAGCGAUGGUGCUUCGCUGGCUUUCGGCGAUUGGCUGACGGUGGCGAUGCCUCUUAUGUCGGACCUGUCUUCCUCUGCGAGGGGUUGGUGGCAAGCGAACAUCAUGGAGGCGGAGGCGCUGUAUGAGACUUGGCUGAAGUUGAAGCCGCUGGAGAGGCUAAGGCUUAAGGUUGAUCGGCCUUUGCACCCCAGUUAUGAGCGAGUUGAGCACCGGGGAGUGACUAUCCUAUUGGGGGUUCUUCCCGAUCAAGUUCGAAGGGAUGUCAUCGCCUCUAGAAAGGUGAGCUGCCUCGGAAUUCUGUUUCGGCUGUACACCAUUUUUCAACCAGGGGGUUCAGCUGAGAGAACUGCGCUCCUCAAGAGCAUCACCGAGCUGAAGGUGGGCAAUGGGGUGGCAGACGGUUUGUCUGGAAUUCGCCAAUGGAGGCGAUGGAUCCAGCGUGCACAGGAGUUGGGCCUGACUACACCGGACCCUUUGGCGCUGGUGCAAGUGCUGAACAGGGAGUUGCCAGUGAGUGACCUGGAAGCCCUAGAUAAGCCGAAGGAGGAGAACGCCACUACGACUUCUUCCCAACAGACUUCGGGGUCCUUGAAGAGCACACAGGACCUCGAGGAGGAAGACCUAGAACGUGAUGGCCGUCAAGAUCCACCAGAGUUAGAAGAUCAGCAGUUGGUUGAGGAGGGUGAGGAGCAGGUGAUUGGUCGUGAAGAGAUCGAUGAGCUUCGGAGGCCCCAUCAGCUGCAGAACAUUACAAUGGUGGAGGUGAUGGAAGACAGAGGUGUGGAUUCGCUCCUGGGAGGCUUGUCCCGACUUUAUGCAAGGACAGGGGGGGGGACAGAUCGAGAUCCAGGAGCUGGUCUGCAGGUCGAAAGCAAUGGAAGCUGUGGAGGGUCGGCAGAAGGUAUGGUGAAGUGCCUCGAGUGCGAUCUCUGGCAAUUGAGGGAACAUCGAGGAGCUGAAUGUCGAUUUUGUGAAGGAGAUCUGCCGAAGAAGCAGGAUGGGCUGCAGGUUCCGGGGGAGGAAGCUUUGGAUUUGCAAGCCUGUUCAUGGACUCAGGCAGUACAGUGGCAUGAGGAAGAAGUUCGUAGCCACUGGCAGUUGAAAAGAAUGUGGCUGGAUCAGUUGAAUCAGGUGGCGGUGGGUGCACAGCAGGGCAGUGAACAUGGAGGAUGGCUUCAAGUUCUGGAAGAACAGUUGAUGGUCCGGGAGGAGUGUCUUCAACGCCAACAUGGAGCCCUGGAGAGUUGGAGGAUGGCGGCACUGCAGGCGGCGGGGGGUUCAGGAAAAGGAGAAGAGCAGAAGCCUUCGCUGGUCCUUCAGACCUACACGGUGUCGCUGGCCCAAGUGCGAAGGGAGUUGCACAAGUGGGUCGAACCCUUCAAGGAUGAGUAUGUCUCUCUGUCCACUACUACUGGAGCGAUCUUUCCAACCACAGAGGAGGCUUUGAAGAAGGAUCCGAGAUAUCCCUGGCGGGAAGAAGCGCCAGCGAUGCUGGUCCCUACGGUCAAGAGUCCUCAUGGACGGCACAGGGCAAGGGUGGUCAUUUGUGGCAACCAUCUCACAAAGUCCCAGGUGGAGACGAAGGCUGUCAGUCCAUUGGAAGCAUCAUCGACCUCCUCACCCUUUGAACUAUAUGCAGGAGGGGCGGAUGCGACAGUUUUGCGAGCUUUACUCAGGAAGAGUGCUCUGGAGAAAUGGUCCGUAGCGAGUCUGGGCGUGAAGACAGCGUUCUUGCUAGCUCCAAGAAGAGACGCACAGCAGAGGCUGCUCAUUACGCGUCCUCCUCGGGUGCUGGUGGAAGCAAAGGUGUGCGAUGCUGACGAAAUCUGGGAGGUCAGAAACUCGCUCUACGGUCUCCAGGAGGCGCCUCUCAACUGGGCGAGAUUCAGGGACGAAGAGAUGGCCAAGUUCCGCUGGACUGAGGAAGGUGAAUGCUGGAAGCUGGCUCGCACUCAAGAGCCCAACUUGUGGAAGGUGAUCCUCGAUGAUCCAUUCAAGUCAAGGUUGCCCGACAAGGUGUACGGAUUUGUCGCUGUGUACGUUGAUGAUAUCCUGGUGACUGGUGAUGAAAGAGUGACUCGAUCGACCAUUGCUCGGUUCCAGCAACAGUGGAAAUGCUCGACACCGGAGUGGCUGACGCCUGAAAGCAGCUUGAGGUUUUGUGGCUUUGAGAUUGCCCAGGAGAAGAGGGGACUUCGUUUGCAUCAGGAGUCAUACCUACGAGAUCUUUUGGCCAGAUAUCCUGAUGUCAAGUCAGCUCAGAGCCCGCUGCCAGGUGUCUUGGAUGAGACUGAGGAGACGAAUCCUGAGGCGAAGGAAGCGGAGGACUGUGUGCAGGUCAAGAGGCUGAUCGGGCUUCUGAGCGGGCUGAUAGGCAUUUCAUGUUGGCAGCCAGUUGAUGCGGUUGCCAAGGUCGCCAAAAGUGUGACCAUUGCAGCGGUAGCUUCAAGUGUAGCUUGGCUGAUGGGUAGGAAGGGUGGAGAUGACCCCAAAAAAGAUGGUGAACCGGCAUUUGCUCGGACAGGGGCGUCCAAAGAGGGCAGUAAGGAAGAGCAGGAAAUCUCGACCGACGUGAUGUCAGGCCGGGACCACUUCCCCCACCGGGAUCGGUGGCCGCAGACGGGGGCUAUGGUGGCUCCAUUCCAGGAAGGUCAAGAGCAGUGCAACGAGGUCGAGAGGCCUUACAAGGUUCAGAGACGAUAG